AGAGUGUCAAUCAAAGGCAGAGCUCAGAGCUGGGAAGGAGCUCUAGAUGGCGGCUGUGCCUUAGAGAGAGCGCGCUCCGCUCCGUGCCUUCCCCGACACUUUACGCAACUUUCCCCAACUUUCGGGCAGCCUCAGGGGGCCCCCACGGCCCCUUGCCUCUCCUGGGCACCGGUCGGGGGCUGAUCGAGCCCUUUUUGGGCAGAAAAGCACAUUUUGAGGGCACUCUUUUCGUGCCUUGCUGGAAAGAAGAAGCCGUGGAGAGAGCCCAGGUCGUUGUUUUUCCAGCUUAGAAGCCAUGGCGUACCUCCAUUUUUGUGCGCUCUCCUAAUGAGCUUUUUCCCCCGGACAUUUUUGGUACUAAUUAUCGCCUCUCCUGCUUUAACAGCAACCUAUUUUGUGGAUUAGCAUCUAUUUAAUUGUUUUUCCUUGCCGUUUUUGUACGUUUUUCUGUUCGAUCGUUUUCCCUCGAAAUAUUUUGGAUCUAAUGUUUUUCCACCACCCGAAACUAAAAUCGCCUGGGUCCUGGCGCCGGUGCAUGGAUCAGUAAAUACCUGGGCACAGGACUUCAAAGCAAACACAGACACCCCUCACCCCCCUUAAUAUUUAAGAAUUAAAAGAUGAUGAGAAAUAAGGACAAAAGCCAAGGAGAGGAGGGUUCAGUUCACAGCCAUGCAUCGAGUCACUCGGCAUCUGAAGAAGCCUCUGGCUCCGACUCUGCAAGCCAGUCUGAAAGUGAGCAGGGCAGUGAGCAGGGCAGUGAGCAUGGCAGUGAUUCGAACAGCAGUUCGGAGUCCUCCGAGAGCCAGUCCGAGUCCGAAAGCGAGUCGACGGGCUCAAAAUCCCAGCAGACCCCGCCUGAAGCCAAGGAAAAGCCAGCCUCCAAGAAGGAAAGGAUAGCAGAUGUGAAAAAGAUGUGGGAAGAAUAUCCUGAUGUUUAUGGGGUUAGGAGGUCAAACCGAAGCAGACAAGAGCCGUCGCGAUUUAAUAUAAAAGAUGAGGCAAGUAGCGAAUCUGAAAAUGAGAGCCCCAAAAGAAGAGGCCAGAAGCAAAUGAAAAAAACAAAUAAAUGGAAAAGGGAGGUUUCUGGGGAAGAGGAGGAUGAAGAUGGAGGGGGGCAAGGCACCAGUGCAGAAAGUGAACCGGAGCCGAAGAAAGUUAAAGCUAGAAGACCUGCCCCGAGAAGAGCAGUGGCCAAAACCAGUGUUAAAAAGCCCCACAAACCCCAGCGUGGGAAGAGGAGAAAGAAACAAGACUCAUCGGAAGAUGACGAUGACGAUGAUGAUGACGAGACUCCAAAAAGGCAAACUCGCCGCCGAGCAGCCAAAAAUGUCAGUUACAAAGAAGAUGAUGAUUUUGAGACUGAUUCGGACGACCUGAUUGAGAUGACCGGGGAAGGAGCGGACGAACAGCAGGACAACAGCGAGACCAUUGAGAAAGUCUUGGAUGUCAGGAUUGGAAAGAAAGGAGCCACUGGUGCAUCCACCACCGUGUAUGCUACGGAAGCCAACGGUGACCCGAGUGCUGACUUUGACCCUGAAAAGGAUGAAAGAGAAGUUCAGUACUUGAUCAAAUGGAAAGGCUGGUCUUACAUCCACAGCACGUGGGAAAGUGAAGAGUCCCUGCAGCAGCAGAAGGUGAAGGGUCUGAAAAAGCUAGAGAACUUCAAGAAGAAAGAGGAGGAAAUCAAACAGUGGCUAGCCAAGGUGUCCCCCGAAGAUGUGGAAUACUACAACUGCCAACAGGAACUGGCUGCAGAGCUGAAUAAACAGUAUCAAAUAGUGGAGAGAGUGAUUGCUAUGAAGACCAACAAGUCUGCAACGGGACAUUCUGAAUUCCCAGCUCACAGUCGGAAAACAUCCUCUAACGAUCCCGAGUACCUGUGCAAGUGGAUGGGGCUGCCCUAUGCAGAAUGCAGCUGGGAAGACGAGGCUCUGAUCUGCAAGAAAUUCCAACACUGCAUCGACAGCUUCAACAAUCGCAACAACUCCAAAAACAUUCCCACACGGGAUUGCAAGGUGCUGAAGCAGAGACCUAGGUUUGUUGCCUUGAAGAAACAGCCUUCUUAUAUUGGUGGCGAGAACCUGGAGCUCCGAGAUUACCAGCUGGAAGGCCUCAACUGGCUGGCUCACUCAUGGUGCAAGAACAACAGUGUGAUCCUGGCUGAUGAAAUGGGCUUGGGGAAGACUAUCCAGACAAUAUCAUUCCUCUCCUAUCUCUUCCAUCAGCAUCAGUUGUACGGUCCCUUUCUAAUAGUGGUACCUUUGUCUACUCUCACCUCAUGGCAGAGAGAGUUUGAAGUCUGGGCACCGGAGAUAAAUGUGGUCGUGUACAUAGGAGAUCUGAUGAGCAGGAAUACGAUCCGUGAAUAUGAGUGGAUCCAUGCUCAGACGAAAAGGUUGAAAUUCAACGUGCUCAUCACAACAUAUGAGAUCCUUCUCAAAGACAAGGCUGUCCUGGGCAGCAUUAGCUGGGCCUUUUUGGGAGUGGAUGAAGCCCAUCGACUGAAGAAUGAUGACUCUCUGCUAUAUAAAACUCUGAUUGAUUUCAAGUCCAAUCACAGGCUGCUGAUCACUGGGACCCCACUUCAGAAUUCCCUCAAGGAGCUCUGGUCACUGCUGCACUUCAUUAUGCCAGAGAAGUUUGAGUUUUGGGACGAUUUUGAAGAUGAUCAUGGGAAAGGGAGAGAGAACGGCUACCAGAGUCUUCACAAAGUCCUGGAGCCUUUUCUCCUGCGCAGGGUGAAGAAGGAUGUGGAAAAAUCCCUGCCAGCCAAAGUGGAGCAGAUUCUCCGGGUGGAAAUGUCUGCCCUGCAGAAGCAGUAUUAUAAAUGGAUUUUGACCAGAAAUUACAAGGCUCUUUCCAAAGGGACAAGGGGCAGCACAUCUGGCUUCCUAAAUAUUGUGAUGGAGCUGAAGAAGUGCUGCAACCAUUGCUAUCUCAUCAAACCUCCAGAGGAAAAUGAGAGGGAGAAUGGCUCUGAGAUACUGCUGUCUCUGAUCAGGAGCAGUGGAAAGCUAAUUCUCUUGGACAAGCUGCUGACCAGGCUGCGUGAGAGGGGUAACAGAGUCCUGAUCUUCUCUCAGAUGGUGAGGAUGCUGGACAUCUUGGCGGAGUACUUGGCUAUCAAGCACUACCCUUUUCAGCGCUUGGACGGGUCGAUCAAAGGGGAGAUCCGGAAGCAGGCUCUGGAUCACUUCAACGCUGAUGGCUCUGAGGACUUCUGUUUCCUGCUGUCAACACGAGCUGGUGGACUGGGGAUUAACCUGGCUUCUGCAGACACCGUGGUGAUCUUUGACUCGGAUUGGAACCCCCAGAAUGACCUGCAGGCUCAGGCCCGGGCUCACAGAAUCGGACAGAAGAAGCAGGUGAACAUUUACCGCUUGGUAACAAAGGGAACAGUAGAAGAGGAGAUCAUCGAGAGGGCCAAGAAAAAGAUGGUGUUGGAUCAUUUGGUGAUCCAGCGUAUGGACACCACAGGUCGGACUGUACUGGAUAACAAUUCUGGGAGAUCCAAUUCAAAUCCUUUCAACAAAGAGGAGUUGACAGCUAUUCUGAAGUUUGGAGCAGAAGACCUCUUCAAGGAGCUGGAAGGGGAAGAGUCAGAACCUCAGGAAAUGGAUAUUGAUGAGAUCCUGCGCCUGGCUGAAACACGAGAGAACGAAGUGUCCACAAGCGCCACGGAUGAGCUCCUGUCCCAAUUCAAGGUGGCCAACUUUGCAACCAUGGAGGAGGAAGAGACUGAGCUGGAUGAGAAGUCCCAGAGAGACUGGGAUGACAUCAUUCCUGAGGAGCAGAGGAAGAAAGUCGAGGAGGAGGAACGACAGAAGGAGCUGGAGGAAAUCUACAUGUUACCCAGAAUCCGGAGCUCUACCAAAAAGGCUCAGACAAAUGACAGUGAGUCGGAUGCUGAAACAAAGAGGAGGCUUCAGAGGUCUUCUGGGUCGGAGAGUGAGACCGAUGACACUGAUGAUGAAAAAAGGCCAAAGCGCAGAGGCCGUCCCCGGAGCGUGAGGAAGGAUACCGUGGAAGGAUUCACCGAUGCUGAAAUCAGGAGGUUUAUCAAGGCAUAUAAGAAAUUCGGGCUUCCUCUUGAAAGGCUGGAGUGCAUUGCCCGGGAUGCUGAGCUGGUGGACAAGUCUGUAGCUGAUCUGAAACGUUUGGGGGAGCUUAUUCACAACAGCUGCGUGUCAGCGAUGCAAGAAUAUGAGGAGCAGCUGAAAGAAAAUCCUGGUGAGGGCAAAGGGCCUGGGAAAAGGAGGGGCCCAACCAUCAAGAUUUCUGGAGUCCAAGUCAACGUCAAAUCCAUCAUCCAGCAUGAGGAGGAGUUUGAAAUGCUGCACAAAUCCAUUCCCACAGACCCUGAGGAAAGGAAGAAAUACUGCCUGACCUGUCGUGUCAAAGCUGCCCAUUUUGAUGUCGACUGGGGAGUGGAGGAGGAUUCUCGCUUGUUAGUUGGAAUUUAUGAACAUGGCUAUGGAAACUGGGAGCUAAUUAAAACGGACCCAGAACUGAAGUUAGCUGAUAAGAUCCUACCUGUUGAGACAGAUAAGAAACCUCAGGGAAAGCAGCUCCAGACCCGAGUCGACUAUCUGCUGAAACUGCUGAAGAAAGAUCUAGAGAAGAAAGAAAACACGAAAGACGGGGAAGAGAGCAAACUAAAGAAGAGGAAACCACGUGUAAAGAAAGAGAAUAAAGCCCCUAAAGUCAAAGAUGAGCAUGGGAAUGAACUGUCCUCGCCUCGGCACUCUGACAACCCAUCAGAAGAGGGUGAAGUCAAGGUGGGUGAAUCCAAGGAGGAUGGUUUGGAAAAGAGCCCAGUGAAAAAGAAACAGAAGAAGAAAGAGAACAAAGAGAACAAGGAGAAACAGACAACCACUAAAAAGGAGAAGGAAGGCGACAAAGAGAAAAAAAAGACAAAGGAUAAGAAAGAGAAGGCCAAAAGCAGUGAUGCAAAAUCUGGAAGUAAAGGGAAGAGAUCUCAGGGUCCUGUGCACAUUACUGCAGGAAGUGAACCCAUCCCCAUUGGUGAAGAUGAGGAUGAUGACCUGGACCAAGAAACAUUCAGCAUAUGCAAAGAGAGGAUGAGGCCAGUGAAGAAGGCAUUGAAGCAACUGGAUAAGCCAGAUAAGGGAUUGAUGGUGCAGGAACAGCUGGAGCACACCCGCAACUGCCUCCUGAAAAUUGGGGAUCGCAUCUCAGAGUGCCUUAAAGCGUAUAAUGACCAGGAUCACAUUAAGCUGUGGAGAAGGAACCUAUGGAUCUUUGUGUCCAAGUUCACAGAAUUUGAUGCCAGAAAACUGCACAGGCUCUACAAGAUGGCUCACAAGAAAAGGUCCCAGGAGGAGGAGGAGCAGAAGAAGAAGGAGGAUAUGUCUGGAGCCAAAAAGCCAUUUCGCGCAGAACCGCCAGGCUCCAGCCAUGACUCUGUGAUGUCUCAGUCUCAUAUGCCUCACAACCUGCACUCUCAGAAACUCCACCUGCCUCCCUCCCACCCUCAGCAGCAGAUGCAUGGCCACCAGCGGGAUAACUACAGCCACCCCAACAAGAGACACUUCAGUAACACAGAUCGAGGCGACUGGCAGAGAGAUCGAAAGUUUAACUAUGGUGGUAACAGCAACCAGGUCUGGGGUGGAGAUCGGCAUCACCAGUACGAACAGCAUUGGUACAAGGAUCACCACUAUGGGGAUCGCCGGUCUCGCGGCGACCCUCACCGAAGCUCUGGGAACUACCGACCAAAUAACCUCUCCCGCAAGAGGCCGUAUGAGCCGUACAAUAGCGAGCGAGACCACAGAGGACACAGAGAUUAUUACGACAGACACCAUCACGAUUCCAAGCGGCGACGAUCCGAUGAGUUCAGGCCCCAAAAUUACCACCAGCAGGAUUUCCGGAGGAUGUCGGAUCACAGGCCACCCAUGGGAUACCAUGGCCAGGGACCUUCGGACCAUUACCGGUCCUUCCACAUAGACAAAUCGGGGGAUUACAAACAGCCGCUUCCCCUUCCUCACCCCCAAGUCUCGGACCCUCGCUCGCCCCCGUCUCAGAAAUCCCCUCACGAUUCCAAGUCGCCCCUCGAUCACCGGUCGCCCCUGGACAGGUCAUUAGAACAGAAAAACAAUCCAGAUUAUAACUGGAACAUGCGGAAAACAUAAAGCGAUCGGGAGGAAGAGAGCACGUCUGAAAUGUUUGGUCUGAUGCAAGAGCAGCUGGUUUCUCACACCGGUAACCGGAGACUCUGAACAUGCUGCUAUCAUCCUGUUGGGCGACAGAGGAUUUGAGGGAGCAGGCGGGGGGGCUCUCCCCAGCUCUUAGUUCUGGUCUGGAUUCCUUGUUGACUUCCCCCUUCUCCAGCUGAGCUUUGGAACCAGAUCUGUUGCCCUUCUUUGCUGGGAGGUGCAGGUAUCAUCCUUUGCUUUAGAGUUUUGUUUUCCAAAUCUGACAGACUCUUGUGAGUAUUUCACAGCUGCAGAGCUUUCCCCACAACUAAGAGUGUGGAUUGAUGCUGCUGAGGACUCUGCGGAUGGUUCUGUGCGCCCCGUCUGACUUGAUGUUACAUGACGGAUGCUGCUGUGGGGUGGAGAGAAGCCAGUCAGGCUGAGGUUCAGAUGAAAUCGUGGUCGGGGUGGGAAAGAUUUGGGGAGAGACGAAAGGGUCCUCCUGGAGUACAUAACCGAACUGGUUCUCAGGCCUUGGAGAGGAAGCUGGGGGCGGGAGGGCGGUCCUGAGGUCUCUCCAGAGUGACUGAAAAGGUAGGAGCAGGGAGGUGCUGGUGACAGUCCAUUGUUUUCCUGCCCACGUUAUCAUUUCUCAUGUCAUUAUCCAUUUCAAAGAGGGUGGCUCUGCUUUGCUGUGUCAUCACGCCUUCCUGCAGCACAGAUGGGGGUGGAAGACAUUAGGUUUAGGGGCAGGAGCUGGGAAAUCUCAGAUCCACUGGAGGUGUGGAACAGGUGAAGGUCAGACUCCUAUGAAUGCUCAGUUCACUCUUCACCCCAGUGGGAAGGGAAGUGGGGGUGAGGUGGCGACAGUAUUUCCCAGCGGAUGGGCUUAGGAAUCCAUAACAAAACCCCUCUUUUCUCACUUAAUACUGGCAGUCGGGACGUUUCAGAUGCGCAUGCAGGGCAUGUUUCGGCUAGAAGCUGCAUGGUCCCAGGGCACAGGAAUGCUUCUGGGUGUCAGGGAAUCCUAGCUUUUCUCCUCUCUGGCACCGACCUGCUGUAGCCGUUGGGGAAAACCAUCCCUCCUUUGCACCUCAAAAUGGAUCACACCUCUUCCAGUGAUCUGAGGAUGAGAAGCUGUGCAGCGUGCUGGCAGAGGGCACCUACGGGUGUCCCCGGGGAAGGGCAGAGCUGGAUCUGAAUGCAGUUGGUUGCCCAGAGUUUUCCACAGUUUGCACAAAGCAGUGGGCUGGUCACCUCUGCCAAAGUCCCAGCAAUCUGUAGUAAUGCUUGAGAAGCUGGAAGUGGCUGUGUUGAAUGAACCCCUGUGUUACAGUGGGACCUUGCACAAAGGCUUAGCACUUAUAUUUUGGGUGAGCAACAGACCAAGGAGGAAGGCAGAGGGGUCCCAGACUCUGCUUUCAACCCUCGGUGCCCCAGGUCAUGAAUUUAUAAUGGGGUGAGGAAGAAGGAUGGUUCCUGGUCCAGCAUUGCUGCACUUCUCAAAGUAUUAGGAAAACACUGCGCGGUGUAGGGGGAAUAGCCAGCUGCAGGGACUUGCUUCAACACUUCUGUUAAGCCAAAGGAGGGCAAAGCGGAGACGGCUGGCCAAGCACAGCCAGGGGUUCUUCUGCAAAGCAGCUGUCAUCUACAGCAAGGAGUCGAGGCCCCUCCAGGUGACAUGCAAGGGUCUGACUGGACCCUGGCAGCCAGGCCAUUGAGUGCUGCCUCUCUAUAUUAAGGACGAAGCUGGCUGCAAAUUGCUCUUCUUGAGGCAGCUCCAGUGUAGACCGCUGGCUGCUGGAAGGGUGCCAGCGUGAUCCUUAUUUGGGCAAAAUCAUGGCAUUUUCUUGAAAGGUGGGUGUCAAGGGCAUGCCUCACUGCUUUGCAGGCGGUUGAGGACAAGGUGUUAGUUUUCCUGUUAGCCACUUGGAAAUUGCACACAGAUGAACACUAAUUAUUCCCAAAUGUCCUGUCUGCUUGGCACUGAGCGAGUUAAGUGCUCUGAAAUGCCUGUGAUCAUGGUGCGUUGCAUAUACUCUGAGCUGUCUGGUUUCACUGGGCGCCUGCGUCCCAUUAGACCGUAACAGAGUCACUGUGAUUUGCGGCAAAUUGGGAACAAUGAAGUGAUAGCGAGUCCCCAUGACCAGCAUAGGGCACGUCUGGGCCACUGAAUCCAGUUCUUCAGUCCUGUUCAUUUAACCCCUUCAGUGCCAAGGGACAGUGGGGGGCAUCAUGGGGCGACAGGACCAGGCUCCAUUAAGUUGUGCAUCCUGUCAGUCUCUUGAAGCUUGGCGCCCUUUUCUUUAAUUUCCUUUUUUUUGUAAGCUUCCCGCAAACGUAAACGGUUUUGCUGGCUGGUGGGGAACCAGCUGCUGCUUCCUUCGGGGCAGUCCCGGUAGUGUUAAGUUGCUGUGGUACAGAGGGGAGAAGAGGGUGGGACAGGAUUGAGCAGUCCUCCCACGUUUCCAAUAAGCUGUGACAGCCAAGCAUUCACAUGCUGGCAUUUGCAGAGAGGUCCUUGCUUUUCAGAGAAAGGAGCUGGCUCAUCAUGUAGAUGCAGAAGGCAGCUCUUCACUGGAUGGGGUGGAGAGAGAUUUACUCUUUAUUCACACUCAUCAAACAUUGCUAUCCUAACCAGUGUUUGUGCCAUAAAGUUGUAGCAAAAGGCAGUACCAGCCGGACCAGUGUUAAGGUUGCUGCAAAGCAGAUGCGACUCCCCCACCAGAGAGGGAUUUUCGGUGUCCGACUAGAGGGCUUCGGCCCUCGCUAGUUCCAAUCAGUAUGAAAAGUGUUUUGAUUUUUCUUUUUAAAAUAAAAAAAAGGAAAAUGCAAAGUUGAAACUUUAUCCAGGUCCUUCUGAGAAUGAUGCUCAAAAAUCACGAUUGCCUGAUGCUGAACUAUGGAUUCUGUUUAGUUCUGUCGUGGCAGGUGUGUCUUGGCUGGCUUUGGUUUUACAGAAGCUGGAGAAAAUAAACACUAGAGAAAUAAUUGCCCUCCCAUGUGCACCCUAAAACGGGGACUGCAAAAUCAGUGAUUCAGGAAUAGUCAGUUGAAUGUCAAGAGGGUUGGGAGGAGACAGGCCCACAUCCAUCGAUGUCAGUGUGAUGCUUGUGUCAACAUCUGGUGCAGCUGUUCUUACCAAACCAGCUACGGGAUCGGCUGUAGCCUCAUAGCAGGAAAAAAAGUAGUAGCUUCUUGUGUGGCUUUAUUAUUUUUUAAAGACAUUCUCAGCCUGACCCUGUUCGAUAUGGUGCAGAGCUCGAGUCCAUUGUAAAUUCAUGCUAGACAAUGGAAAUCCCACAGACCAAAACCUGGUGUCAACAGGUCUUGUUGGUACAGUACAACUUAAGUGGAUAUUUAACAGCUCUUGGAGACCAUUGAAAGGGUCCACACAAAAGUCCUAAGUCUACUUGCAUCCAUUUCCUCCCUGGCUCCCCCUCCUGCAGGGGAGAGAAGGACUCUCUUACUGUAAAAUUGUGGGACUUUUAAACCUGUUGACUUAAAACAAAACA